GAGAAGGCCUUCACAAGUCAAGUUCUACUUCAUCCCGGAGCACAUCAAAGCAGAAGGGAAACUUGUCAGGUCUCCUGCGUAAUGAGGUUGUUGGUCAGAUGGGCGAAAGAAAUGAUCCUAUGAGAAAGGGAUCACGAAGCAAGCAUGCACGCUCUCUUUUGGAAUUAUCUCAUGAUGGUUUGUCAGAUAGUUUUGAGGAACUACAAAUGUUUGACACUCUGACUACAGAAGCUCGGAGAGAAAAAAGGAGCACAAAUGCACCAUCAUUUCGGCAAUCUACAUUGGAAAGUGCAUACGAUUAUUGUGAAACUAGUAUGCAUGAUUACGAAUUGGAAAAGAGGGAAGAGCAUGAAAAUAUCGAUUUGGGUGAAAGGUCAAGAAGCUUGCAACCAUGUGAUUUGUCAGGGCAUGAACCAUCUUUCUGUACUCAAGAGAAAAUAGAUCAAAGUGACCUUGGCAUCACAGCUGAUGAUGACAAGGGAGAUGAUGAUAAGCCCGCCAUAGAAGAAUCAUCCAGCAUGCAAAGACAAGCAGAACUUUCAUGUGUCAUUUGCUGGACUGAUUUUUCUUCCUCGAGGGGCAUCUUACCAUGUGGACAUCGGUUCUGUUUUUCAUGCAUUCAAGGAUGGGCGGAUUGUCUGUCUUCUAGGGGAAAGGUCUCGACGUGCCCGCUUUGCAAAGCCAGUUUCUCCUGGAUCAGCAAGGUGGAUGAGGCCGGCACUUCAGAUGAGAAGAUAUACUCGCAGACAGGACCCCCGUUCCUUGUGGAGCUUCAACCGACAUAUUCAUGUUCACGGAUGAAGGCCACGACCUUCAUGGACCAUCGGUGAGUG